AUGAACGAUCUGAUGACCAAAUCCUUCAUGAGCUAUGUGGAUCUCAAGAAGGAGGCCUUGAAGGAUCUCGAAGCCGGCGGCGGCGAAGACUUCGGCGAUGUGGAGAUGUGGAGCGCCGCCACCGCCGACGGCAACCUACGGAGCUUCUUCGAGGAGGCCGGCCGCGUGAGGGACGAGAUGGACGAGAUCCGAGAGCUCCUCGUCCGCCUCCAGGAGGCCAACGAGGAGGGAAGAUCCCUCCACAAGCCUGAAUCCCUCAAAUCCCUCCGUGCUCGGAUCAAUGGCGACGUCGUGAAUGUGCUCAAGAAGGCGCGGGACAUCCGGAACGUCCUCGAGGGGAUGGAUCGGGAGAACGCCGUCAACAGGCGGCUCUCCGGCUGCCGGGAGGGCACGCCGGUCGACCGCACGAGGACCUCCAUCACCAACGGCCUGCGCAAGAAGCUCAAAGAUCUGAUGAUGGACUUCCAGACGCUGCGGCAGAAGAUGAUGGCGGAGUACAAGGAGACGGUGGAGCGCCGAUACUUCACGGUGACGGGACAGAUGCCGGAGGAGGAGAUGAUCGAGAAGAUCAUAUCCCACGGGGAGAGCGAGGAUCUCCUCAAGAAGGCGAUCGAGGAGCACGGGAGGGGUAAGGUUCUGGCGACGGUGCACGAGAUCCAGGACCGCCACGACGCCGCUAAGGAGAUCGAGAGAAGCCUCCUGGAGCUGCAUCAGGUAUUCUUGGACAUGGCGUUGAUGGUGGAGGCGCAGGGUGAGCAGAUGGACGAUAUCGAGCAUCACGUCACCCACGCAGCUGACUACGUCAAGGGCGGGGUCAAGCAACUGGCUACGGCGAAGCAGCACCAGAGGAGCAGCAGGAAGUGGCUGUUCAUCGGCCUGCUGCUGCUCCUGAUCCUCAUCCUCGUCGUCGUCGUUCCGGUAGCCACGAGCUUGCGCAGUUCCUAG